AUGUCUCUGCUACUGGUGAUGUUGGUCUUGUUCUUGUUCUUCUUCCCCAUGGACGCAGUCUCUCAAGGCUCAGACUUAACCGGUGGACAGUUUAGCUUCAACGGCUACUUAUACACUGAUGGAGUUGCAGAUCAACCGGACGGUUUGCUUAAACUCAUAACUUCAAAGACACAAGGAGGAGCUGGUCAAGUUUUUAACCAAUUCCCACUGCGAUUCAAGGACUCUGUAAACGGUAACGUCUACUCCUUCUCCACCACCUUCAUUUUCGCUAUAGUCUAUGGAACUAGCUACGGCGAUGGACUUUCCUUUGCCCUUUCUCCUACGAAAGGUUUGUCCAACGUUUAUUCCAUGAGAGAUCCCAAUAAUCAUAUAGUAGCUGUUGACCUUGCUACCUUCCAAAGCUCUCAGUUCGAUGACAUUGAUAUCCAUGUUGGUGUAGACAUAAACAACUUACAGUCAGAAAUGGCUGCUUCAGCAGGUUACUUUAAAGAUGACAGUAAGCCAUGGAGCCAGAGUCUGAACGGGGUUUUGACCAUCAUUUUGACUAUAUCAGGCGUCACCAUACUCAUCUUCUUGAGUCUUGGAUUAUAGCUUUUCCUGAAUAGGAAGAAGCUACUGGAAGUUCUCGAGGACUGGGAGGUGCAGUUUGGUCCUCAUAGGUUUGCUUACAAAGAUCUACACAUUACCACAAAGGGUUUCAGUAAUACCGAGCUUCUCGGUAGAGGAGGGUUUGGGAAAGUCUACAAGGGUACAUUACCAGUGUCCAACAUAGAGAUCGCGGUGAAGAGGGUUUCUCAUGAUUCAAGACAGGGCAUGAGAGAGUUUAUUGCUGAGAUCGCUACCAUUGGGCGUCUCAGACACCUUAACUUAGUUCGGCUCCAAGGCUACUGCAGACACAAAGGUGAACUCUACUUGGUGUAUGAUUGUAUGCCGAAAGGAAGCCUUGAUAAGUUCCUCUACCACCAGAAAAAUGAAAAUCUUGAUUGGUCACAAAGAUUCAAGAUCAUCAAAGAUGUAGCUUCUGGACUCUGCUAUCUGCACCAACAAUGGGUGCAGGUGAUUAUCCACAGGGACAUUAAACCAGCCAACAUCCUGCUUGACGAAACUAUGAACGCAAAACUUGGUGACUUUGGCCUCGCGAAGCUCUGUGAUCAUGGGAUUGAUCCUCAGACCUCUCAUGUGUCAGGUACUCUUGGAUAUAUCUCACCUGAGCUUUCAAGAACAGGAAAGGCAAGUACAAGAUCAGAUGUAUUCGCACUUGGAGUGGUUAUGCUAGAGAUUACUUGCGGUCGCAAACCCAUAUUGUCACGAGCAUCGCAAAGUGAGAUGGUACUGACUGAUUGGGUACUAGAGUGCUGGGAGAAUGGAAAUUUAAUGCAGGUUCUUGAUAAUAAGAUAAGGCAUGAGUAUAUUGAGGAGCAAGUGGAACUUGUUCUGAAACUCGGGUUACUCUGUUCGCAUCCGGUAGCAGCCAUGAGGCCAAGCAUGUCCAGCGUCAUUCAGUUCAUGGACAAUGUUUCUCAGCUUCCUCAUAACUUACUUGAAAUUAUGAAGGCUCGAGAAAUUAGUGGAAGCACUGAUGCCUCAGGUGAAGCAGCUGAUUCUCCUGAGUCCAGUUCCAUCGCUCCCUUGACCUUUACUGAAUCCUUUGUCUCUCAUGGACGCUAA